UCUAUUUUAAACUUAUUGUCACUGGCCAAGUCACUGUCCAUGUAACUGACAAAGUAACUGGCCAAGUAAAUCGCUGGCCAAGUCACUGUCCAUGUAACUGUGGAAGUCACUGGCCAGGCCAAGUCAUUGGACAUGUGAUUGUUAAAUAAACGACAUCACUAUCUAUGUUACUUACACUAUUCAUUCUUUGCAGAGUAUACUUCUGGGAUGGAAGACAGUAUGGAGCACAAGUUUCAAGACAGGAUUUAAAAGACAUGAUCAUGGACGAACCGAUAGCAAGCAAUUGCAUCGAAUGUUAUGGAAUUCUCUUGACUGAUCAGCUGUUGGAGAAAGAAUCACAAGGAUUGGAUGUCCCAACUUUUAUGAAUCCCUUGUGCUGGAAUUCUGCAGAAAAUUUGACGGUGUAUUAUGUACAUCUGUACCUAUGCGAACCACUGUUCCAGAAUCUGGCAAGAUCCAACUAUAUAUUGUUCCCAAUCUCACAUGAAUCAGGAUUUCAUCAUACACUGCUCAUUUUUGACAAGGAAUUAAAGAACUGGUACCACUGUGAUUCAAAAAGACCGAAAAAAUCAUCAACUGGAAAAUCCUUUAAAAAUGUACAAAAAAUGGUUGACAUGGUAGAACUUUGGAUGACAGCAGUAAAAGAACAAGCCGAUGACAUGCUGGAACAGGGAUGCAGAAUGAAAUUUGAUGAAAAGAACAGUUCAGAAGAAGAACUGAAAAUGAUGGAAGUUCCAUUGACUAAAACCGAGAGAGAAAGCAUAAAGUGGAUCAAGAAUAACUAUAAAACAAAAAUGGCAGUGACAGAACUCAAAGACAGCCCUCAGCAAGGAGAAGAUUCAUUGGAUUGCGGACUUUUUGUAAUGUACACAAUGGAGACAAUUUCGAAAAAAGGGAGAGUUCCAAAGAAGCUCACAAAGGAUGAUAUUUUGAAGUUUAGAGCUCAUGUUGUAAAGUCAUUUGCAGAAAGUAGGCACAGCUGGAACUCAACACAUGAAGAAUCGUAGAAAUUUGUUUAGGGAAUAGGAUAGGUUAUAUAGUUUUUUCGAAUUGAUUCAUCAUAUAUAUCCAUUCAUUUGUUCAAUCGGAAUUUCAAUUUUUUAAUA